CGGCAGCCGCCUCCGCCGCCGCCCGCCCGCGCCCGGCCCAGCCCCGCGCCCCGGCCCCGGCCCCGGCCCCCGCCGCCGCGCACCCCGCGCUGCCUCCGGGAGGGGGGGGGGAAAGGGCCCGGAUCCUCCUUCUCCCCCUCCUCCUCCUCCUCCUCCUCCUGCUCGCCCGCCGCCCCGCUCCCCGACCCCGUCCCCGGCCCCUCGCCUCGCCCCCCCGGCUUCCCACCACGGCCUCUCUCGGCGAGGAAACUCUGGCCUCCGCUUCCUCCUCCUCCGACUCGGACGCCGGCGGAGCCUCCCCGCCCCCGCGGAAGAAACCCCGAGCCUCGGCGGCGGAGGGAGCAGGAGAGCCCGGGGCUUCGGCAGGCAGAGCAGGCCUCUCCCCCCCGACCCCGUCGUCGUCCUCGUCGUCGUCGUCCUCCUCCUCCUCCUCCUCCGUGCUGGUGGUGGUGGGGCUUCCCCCGGCCGCCGUCCCCCCCCGGAGCCACAGCGGCCACAGCCUGGUCGGCGGCGGCGGCGGCAUCAUGCAGGCCAACGGGGCAGGAGGAGGAGGAGGAGGAGGCGGCGGCGGAGGGGGCGCCGGGGGCCCGACCCCGACUCCGACCCCGGAGCUCGCCUGCCUGGCGGCCCAGAACGGGGAGUCGUCGUCGUCGCCGUCGGCGGCGUCCGCGGGGGACCUGGCCCACGCCAACGGGCUGCUGCCCGCCGCCCCCCCGGCCGCCAGCAACAAUAGCAACAGUCUGAGUGUCAAUAACGGGGUCCCCGGCGGGACCCCCGCCCCGGCCGCCGCCGCCGCCGCCGCGCUGGCCACCCCCGAGCUGGGCAGCUGCCUCAAGAAGAAGAAGCGGCUCUCGCAGUCGGACGAGGAUGUCAUUCGGCUCAUAGGACAGCACCUCAACGGCCUGGGGCUCAACCAGACUGUUGAUCUCCUCAUGCAAGAGUCAGGAUGUCGCUUAGAACAUCCUUCUGCUACCAAAUUCCGAAAUCAUGUCAUGGAAGGAGACUGGGAUAAGGCAGAAAAUGACCUGAAUGAGCUAAAGCCUUUAGUGCAUUCUCCUCAUGCUAUUGUGGUAAGAGGCGCACUUGAAAUCUCUCAAACGUUGUUGGGAAUAAUUGUGAGGAUGAAGUUCUUGCUGCUGCAGCAGAAGUACCUAGAGUACCUGGAGGACGGCAAGGUCCUGGAGGCACUUCAAGUUCUUCGCUGUGAAUUGACACCACUGAAAUACAAUACAGAACGGAUUCAUGUUCUCAGUGGGUAUCUCAUGUGUAGUCACGCAGAAGACCUGCGCGCAAAAGCAGAAUGGGAAGGCAAAGGGACAGCUUCCCGAUCGAAACUGCUGGACAAGCUGCAGACCUACUUACCACCAUCAGUGAUGCUUCCCCCACGGCGUUUACAGACCCUUCUGCGGCAAGCAGUGGAACUACAAAGGGACCGGUGCCUAUACCACAAUACCAAGCUUGACAGCAACCUAGAUUCUGUGUCUCUACUCAUAGAUCAUGUUUGCAGUAGGAGGCAGUUCCCAUGCUAUACGCAGCAGAUACUCACAGAGCAUUGUAAUGAAGUGUGGUUCUGUAAGUUCUCCAGUGACGGCACUAAACUAGCAACAGGAUCAAAAGACACAACAGUUAUCAUAUGGCAAGUCGAUCCGGAUACACACCUGCUAAAGCUGCUUAAAACAUUAGAAGGACACGCUUACGGUGUUUCUUACAUAGCAUGGAGUCCCGAUGACAACUACCUUGUUGCUUGUGGUCCAGACGACUGCUCUGAGCUCUGGCUUUGGAAUGUACAAACGGGAGAGCUAAGGACAAAAAUGAGCCAGUCUCAUGAAGACAGUCUAACUAGUGUGGCUUGGAACCCAGACGGGAAGCGCUUCGUGACUGGAGGCCAGCGUGGGCAGUUCUAUCAGUGCGAUUUAGAUGGGAAUCUCCUGGACUCCUGGGAAGGUGUGAGGGUGCAAUGCCUCUGGUGCUUGAGCGACGGCAAGACUGUCCUGGCUUCAGACACUCACCAACGCAUCCGCGGCUACAAUUUCGAGGACCUUACAGACAGGAACAUAGUACAAGAAGACCAUCCCAUUAUGUCUUUUACUAUUUCAAAGAAUGGCCGAUUAGCUUUGUUAAAUGUAGCAACUCAGGGAGUUCAUUUAUGGGAUUUGCAAGACAGAGUUUUAGUAAGAAAAUAUCAAGGUGUUACACAAGGGUUUUAUACGAUUCAUUCAUGUUUUGGAGGCCAUAAUGAAGACUUCAUCGCUAGUGGCAGUGAAGAUCACAAGGUUUACAUCUGGCACAGACGUAGUGAGCUACCCAUUGCGGAGCUGACAGGACACACACGUACAGUCAACUGCGUGAGCUGGAACCCACAGAUUCCAUCCAUGAUGGCCAGUGCUUCAGAUGACGGCACCGUUAGAAUAUGGGGGCCAGCACCUUUUAUAGACCACCAGAAUAUUGAAGAGGAAUGCAGUAGCAUGGAUAGUUGAUGGCGAAUUUGGAGCAGGCGACUUCUGUUUAACUUAAAAUUAGUCGUAUUUUAAUGGCUUGGGAUUUGGUGCAAACAAACAUGAUUGAUAGCUGGACAGACAUGCUCGUCAUGAGAAAAGAACCAUUUCUGAAGCCCGAUUGGGGCCAAACAUUUACACCUUGCUUCAUAGUAACCAGUUGAGAUGAAGCACGCCGUUAGACCGUUGUUGGAAGCCAUGUUGAAUUAUACCCCCAUCGGUUGUGAAGAACUGUGCUACAUUCAGGCUUACCCAUUGAACUCAGUAUAUAUAUUUUUUUCCCUCCUGCCUUUUGUCUGGCGGGAUACCAUUCUUGUUGCUCUUCUGUGUAAUGAAGUUUAAAUGCUUGUUUGGAUAACUUUAUUUAACAGUUUAGACGGCUUGAUAGGAAGAGUGCAUUAGUCUGAAGAGUAUACAGUGGAUAGGAAAGAAUUGCCUCCUUUUGUUCCUCCAGAUCGUUCCGCCUUAUUUAGCUUGAGAUCUUUGCAGCUUGGUUCAUGGAUUCUAGCCUUGCCCGUUGCGCAGUAUAUACUGAUCCAGAUGAAAAACCAGUGAACUAUGUCAAAAGCACUCUCAAUAUUACAUUUGACAAAAAGUUUUGUACUUUUCACAUAGCUUGUUGCCCCGUAAAAGGGUUAACAGCACAAUUUUUUAAAAAUAAAUUAAGAAGUAUUUAUAGGAUCAAAGUGACUUCAUUUGUAUACAUUUGGAAUCUAAACCAGCUUAAAAAGUUUCCUCUGUGACGUAGACACGCAGUAUCACUGACGUUCUUCUGGAAUGCCACACAAGACACGCUCAGGAGCAGUGCUUGGAAGGACAGCACGCAGGAAACUCAGUAACACUUUGAAGGUUGCCCCCUUUGGUUUUAUUCCCGAAGGAACAUCAGUACCCAGUCUUGAAGGAAUCUUACAGUACCACCACGAGAGCUCAGUUGUCUGCUCGGGUCCCAAGUUCCUCUCAGCCUCGAAGUCACCUGCUGUGACCUAGCCAGAGUAGACAGCAGCAGAUGCGGCCACUCGGCAAGGUCACAGCAUGGCUGAGCUCCUUAGGAGAUGCACUUAAUGUGGGUUCAGAAUCACAUAGUCAUUUCUUAGUUGCCCUUAAUGUUCCAACACGUAGGGGUGGAUACACAAGCUUAGGAAAGAUUCCUCCUCAGUUUUACAGAUUUGCCAUACUGAACCUCAUUCUAAACUGGUGCUGUGGGUAGUGUUUCCUGCCCCCACUCCCCUUUUAGUUCAAGGAAAGGUUUCCUUCAUGGAAAAGUACUUUGAAUUUUAAGAAUUUCACACUUAAAAUAAGCCAAAAGCCUGGUGUUCACAUUGUGCUUUCAAACCCUGUAGCCGCUAAAUACAAAAUACGCAGUCUCCCUUGCAACACCCUCCCUCCCUUUCCCAGUAGAGGCUAAGCAUGGUGACCGCAGCUGUGACGUCGGGGCGUCGCAGAGUAGAUUCUGGUGAAGAGUCACUCGUCAGGCCCAGGCAAGUCUCCCCCACUGUUAGCAGGAGCAGACUUCUUCGGGGUCUGCAGAGAAGAGGGAAGUCUGGGUACUCAGUCUGCCAGGGAUGCUUCAAGGAGCGAGGGGGCUUGGUAUGGGGCAGAGGAUGGCAGUAGGGACAGACAGGAAAGUCGGGGAUGGAAGGGGAGAAGAAAGAAAUACACAAUUGGCCUUAAAAUAGCUGGAAUUCUUCCAAGAGCUCAGAGUGAAUGAAAGAUUGUGGUCAGCAGAUUAUUUUAUCAAGUUGGUAUGUAAACAAUUUCUUUAAACUCCAUUUUGCAGAGACCACCACUUAGAGAAUCAGGAGUUCCUGUUUUGAUAUUUAUAAGUUAAAAUAACUGUGUUACAGUCUCAUCUGGUACUUCCAUUUUUCUUAACUAAAAUUACUUUUUACUUUAAGCUUGAAUAAAAACCUUCAUUGAUAACUAUAUAAUUCAGUAGCAACUUCUCUUUACCUCAGUACAGUUAAAACCAUUCAUUCUUGAAGUAAUUCAUGUAGACCCUGAAGCCAUUAAUCUUCUCUAGUCUACAGAAGCAUCACUAACAGUGUGGGCAUGGUAACUCCAUAGCUGUUUACAAAUUUGGUUAGGGUGUGCUAUAGUGGUACAUUUGUAACAUUCUCUGAGAUUAAUUGUGCCCAUCUGGGGGCAACUUGGCACUCAGUUUCUGAUACACUUCACCCAGCCACCCCUAGAUCUUGAGUUCUCAGAGUGCUUCGAAAGUGCAGUUGAAACACAUUUUGAAAAAAUGAUAAUAAAAAAGUGGCAUGUGAGGCACAUUUUACAAGAACAGAACUCCGAGCACGACUGUGCAAAGGUUUGUGUAGUAGCUAGGUGAGCCCUGUGUGCACUGGGCUGUAAAUGUCCGUUUCACGCAUCUGCCAUACAGCGAUUGUGUUAGGAUGGAAUGAUAGGAAGCAACCUGGGGUUUUUCUGGCACAGAGAACCUGACAGCAGGAUGGUCUGUCUGGUCCACAGCUAUUAACUAAAACCUGCGCAUUGCCGCAGCCUCUGUAGGCCUGAGAGAACACUGUCGCGCUAGCCGCGAGAUGCUGACAAAUGUAUGCGCUGGAAAGUACCAUUACUUUUUGCACAUAGAUCAAGCUAGAGCGGAGAGUUUGGGCUCCAAAAAAAUCAGGUUAGUAGGCUCAUUUCCAUGUACUUAAAAAGGGGGGUUUUGUUGGUUUGUUUUCUUUCUGUUCCUCAUUUUAAGGGCUAGAGCAAGUAUGAAAUGAAAUGACUUUUUCCUCCAGAUACGUGGUUAUCAAUAGUACGGCGUUUGGUUUGAGGAUUGCCAAGAUUGGUGUUUGGGUGGUGGGUUUGAGGGGAGAGUUAGGAGAAAGAACCAGGCAUCCAUUGGGUUAUUUUAUUAGAGUUAACACUAGCUACGUUUUCUGUUAACUUUCAUUGGCCGAGUCAGUGUGUUAAUAUUAAACCAGGUAAGUAGUUGAAACAGAAACUUUGAUUUGCAAAUGUUCCUAAAAAUUGGCCCAUUUUAGUGGGUGGGAGAAAAAAAGGGGGCCGGAUUUCCUAACUUUAAAUAGAAACUAGUUUAAAUGACUUGCUAGUUAAAGGGGAAAACACCCAACCUUGUCAAUAUUUUCUUAAUUUCUUAAGAAAUUAAAUAUUAAAUCACACACAUAAUAAUGUCAUGAUCUUUCUUUUGAGUAUUCUCUAGAAUGGCAUUCCAUGGCAUUAAUAGAACAUCCUUCCCCCACCCCUCCCCACUUUGAAAUUUUCUUUUUUAGGAUGUUGGUCCCUGCACAAGAACUGACCCUUUAUCAGUCACCUCAGCUCCCAGUGGCAAAUGUAUCGUACAUCUGGCGAGGGAAAUACCCAUGUCAGUUUCUUUCACAACACAAGAAUUGGCUUAUGAAUGGGGAGGAACGAAGACAUUUUUCUUAAUAUCCUUUUUGUCCCAUUUCAUAACUACCUUGAAUUUAGCUUUGAUUUCUCAUUUAGACUUUAGCAACUCCCCUUGUGGGUUGCUUUCCAAAAUACUCCCAUUUCAAGAACUUCAUCUGAUUUAUUUAAACUGAUCACUUUAAAAGAAGAGGGGCAUUUGCACUUACACUUAAGACACUUUUUUGGUUUUAGACACUUUUCUAAGAACAGAGUGAAAUGGGAGUCGGGCAGUAGCGCAGCGGGUUAAUUACAGGUGGCGCCAAGCGCAAGGACCGGCAUAAGAAUCUGAGUUCGAGCCCCCGGCUCCCCACCUGCAGGGGAGUCGCUUCACAGGCGGUGAAGCAGGUCUACAGGUGUCUUUCUCUCCUCCCUCUGUCUUCCCCUCCUCUCUCCAUCCCUGUCUUAUCCAACAACGACAUCAAUAAUAACUACAAUAAUAAGACAACAAGGGCAACAAAAGGGAAUAAAUAAAUUUUUUUUAAAAAAGAACAGGGUGAAUUAAUUUUUUUCAAUGGUAUCAAAUUAUUUUAGUAGCUACCCUGUAGUUGCAAAAACAAAACUGUAAAAACCCACCCCUUACCUACUUAGUCCAGGUAACCUGGAUUGAAUGAAACAAAAAGUCGUGAUAACAUUUGGGUGUUGUAUGUCUGUGGGAGAGAGAGAGAGAGGACUUUAAUAAAGAGUCUGGAAAUGGUGAAGUCAAUUUGACUAGGGGAAAAAAAAAAUCUUGUGCACAUCUGAAGUGCCAUCUCUGAAUUCAAGGUUUGGUUAAUACCGGUAUAUUUUCAUAAGACUGAAAAUUACAUCCCCAUCUUUAACUUACAACGUGUUCCAGAUCAGGGUCAAUGUCCUAAAACUGAAUCGUAACAUUUUUAGGCACAGAUGGGAAGACUGUUUUUGGCUUCUUGAAAAUGUGUGUGUGGCGAGGGGGUAGAUGCCCUUGUGCAUGUGUGAACUUAUAAACCAAGCUGUAGAGAUCAAGGAAAAGAACUGAUCUCAAGAUUUCUAAAUGUCACGAUCGACAUGGCGUCAUGGUGGAGCUAGUUAACACUUAGAGCUUUUGGUAUGUAAUAACUCUUUGCUAUGGACUGAUUAAGGGUUCCAGAGGAUUGUGUUCUUAAAUUGGGGAGGGUAUUUUUUUUAACUGCCUCUCAGAUUAUAUUUAGUAGUUGAAACUUCUUGACUUUAUUAUUUCAUUAAAGCAUAAAAAAAAAAACUUCAGGUCUCUAUUUAUUUUCACUAGUUCUACUAAUUAUUUACAUAACGCCCUUUGUUAACUUUUAUUUUAUAAAUGUUUAGUAAAUAAAAUGUCUUUAAAUUUUUGUUCAAUUGAAACUGCAUUAACUUUGGUUUGCUUUUCUGGGAUUUUUUUAAAUACACCUUUUCCAUGUCAGUGCAUAACACUUAACCAAUAAUUUGUAUUCCCUUUCAAUCCAAUAAACAGAAUGAAUAAUU